AUGCCUAUGCUUCGGGAGCCCUGGAAAAAGUACCGCAAGUUCAAGCCACUUGACUUGCCUAACCGACAAUGGCCCUCAAGGACCAACGACAAGCCGCCCCGGUGGCUGGCCACUGACUUGCGAGACGGAAACCAGAGUCUCGUCGAUCCUAUGGACGGUGAACAAAAGCUCCGCUUCUUCAAGAUGCUUGUUGAGCUCGGUUACAAGGAAAUCGAAGUCUCCUUCCCUUCCGCCUCGCAGACCGACUACGAUUUCACGAGAUCCCUCGUCGAGACUCCCGGCGUGGUCCCGGACGACGUGUGGUUACAGGUCCUUUCCCCCUGUCGCGAGGACUUCAUCCGGCGGACUGUGGAGUCUUUGAGAGGCGCAAAAAAGGCAAUUUUACAUUUAUAUCUCGCUACCAGCGAAUGCUUUCGCAAGAUUGUGUUUGGCAUGACUGAAGACGAGACCCUUGCUCUGGCGGUCAAGUGCACCAAGUUUGCUCGGUCCAUCACCAAGGAUGACCCCAGCCAGGCGGGAACAGAAUGGCUUUACGAAUUCUCCCCGGAGACCUUCUCAGAUACCUCGCCCGAGUUUGCGGUGCGAAUUUGUGAGGCGGUGAAGGCCGCGUGGGAGCCCACUGAGGACAGCAAAUUGAUCUUCAAUCUCCCAGCCACGGUCGAAAUGGCCACGCCGAAUAUAUUCGCAGACCAGAUCGAAUACUUUUGCACACAUAUGACCGAGCGCGAGAAAUUUUGUGUCUCUGUGCAUCCCCACAAUGACCGAGGCUGUGCUGUGGCAGCAGCAGAACUUGCACAAAUGGCGGGCGCCGAAAGAGUCGAGGGCACUCUGUUCGGCAAUGGAGAACGAACCGGAAACGUCGAUCUCGUGACCUUGGCUCUGAACUUGUAUACACAGGGUAUUUGGCCUAAUGUCGACUUCAGCGACAUAAACAAGGUCAUUCGUGUCUGUGAAGAAUCGACGAAGAUCCCCGUCAAUGAGAGGUGGCCGUACGGUGGCCAGUUGGUUGUUUGUGCCUUCAGUGGCUCACACCAGGACGCCAUCAAAAAAGGGUUUAAUGUCAGGAAAAAGGAAGGCCUUGGGCCAGAGGAUCCGUGGGUCCUCCCCUAUCUGCCACUCGAUCCUCAAGAUAUUGGACGUACAUACGAAGCAGUGAUUAGGGUCAACUCACAGUCUGGUAAAGGGGGCGUGGCCUGGAUCAUCCAGCGCAGUCUCGAACUCGACCUGCCCCGUGGGUUGCAGAUCGCAUUCAGCAAGAUAGUCCAAAAAGAAGCUGAUGCCAAGGGUCGAGAGUUGCUUCCCCGGGAAAUUCAGGCUCUGUUCGAAGAGUCGUAUCAUCUCAAGAAGAACCCAAGAUUUACCCUCGUUGACUACAACAUCACAGCUGUCCGGACUCCGUCACCGGCUCCUCAGAUGAAGAGCUCAGCCGGUCAGCCACCCCAGACCACGGCGCCGGCUCAAAAUACCUCGACAGCGAAACGGCAGUUUGCCGGUAUCAUCGCCAUCGACGGUGUUCAACAUCCGAUUGUGGGGGUGGGCAACGGCGCCAUUUCCUCCUUGGCCAACGCUUUGCAUUCCUUGGGAAUCGACCUUGACGUCGCGGACUACAAGGAACAUGCCAUUGGUGAGGGCAGAGAAGUCAAAGCUGCCACGUACAUCGAGUGUACGGCGAGCAACUCAAACGAGAAAGUAUGGGGAGUGGGUAUACAUGAGGAUGUGGUCCAGGCUUCCUUGAUUGCGUUGUUAAGUGCGGCAAGCUCGUUCUUGACAUCACGGGUUUCCACGCCAGUUCCCUUUAAACCCAAGCACUUGAGGCAGUUUUCCGAAGCGGAGCUGGAGGCUUUGGAGCGAUUGAAUCUCAACGGUCCCGAUAGCCCUAACAGCCCGUUAAGAACGUCCGUGACUGCAACAGAGGCAAGUACUACGCCGUCGAAAUUGAAUAUGGAGACGAAUCCGAGCAGCGUCGCCGCGCAAAAGAUUAACAUUGACAUGCUGGAGCAAAAGGCUGAAACCAUCAACGGGCACGUGGAAAAUUCCUAG